GUUUAGUGUUCUGCUUUUUGGACACCAGGUGGCAGCAGUGCUCAGGGGUUCAGGGAUGAAGCUUCAGCCGUAGUGUCGCAGGAGCUAAGCUUCUUUUUGCCUUCAGUACCUCUAGGAAGCCCCUGUAUUCAGAAUCUCUAUCCGCUUCAGGACUAGGGACAGCGCCUGGAUCAGCUCCUGCAGACCUAUCUAUUGAAGUAUCACGCCUGUCACAAGGAAUAUAUUCAUCAACUUAGAGGUGUAGACUGAAAGGAGCAAGGAUGGUGAAACUGGGGAGUAAUCUGAGCGAUAAGAACAGCAAAGAUCCUUCUGGGGAAGAUGGUUUUCAAACAGUACCCUUGAUCACUCCCUUGGAUGUAAAUCAUCUGCAGUUCCCAGCCCCUGAAAAGGUUGUGGUGAAGACAAGGACAGAGUACCAAUCGGAACAAAAGAACAAGGGAAAAAUCAGAGUGCCAAAAAUUGCUGAGUUCACUGUCAGCUUCACGGAUGGGGUGACAGAGAGAUUAAAGGUAACCAUCUUAAUCAGCCUGGCUCUUGCCUUUCUUGCGUGCAUAGUAUUCCUUGUUGUGUAUAAAGCCUUCACGUAUGACCACAGCUGCCCAGAUGGAUUUGUGUACAAGCAUAAGCGAUGUAUACCAUCUUCUUUGGAUGCUUACUACUCAGCACAGGAUUCCAACUCACGAGGAAGAUUCUACACUGUUAUCAGUCAUUACAGCAUGGCUAAGCAAACAAGCUCACGGUCUGUGUCUCCUUGGCUUUCCUCGGGAUCUGCUAAUCAUGAAGCCAAGGCAAGUAAAACCGAUGGCCACUAACAAGUGAUGUAAUCAAGUAACAUCUCUGUUUCCAGAAUAUUGAAAGUGGCCCAGAUGCGGUGUCACAUUGAAGAUGGGAAGUAAAACGAAGAUAAAAAAAUAAGUGAAAAAAUAAAAACUUGCGGGAGUGAUUAAACAAAAAAAAAGGAAAUCUUUCUUUUUGUGCUGUUAUUGUUUAUUUGUAACCAACUCACAACCUUGUACAAAGGCAUGUUUAAUGUUAAUUGUUAACUUGCAAUGUAAAAAUCUUCAGAAAAAAAACAAAGAAAAUGAUCUGUUAAAUUAUUGUUUUUUUUAGCGUUGCCAAAUUCAGCUAUUGUAUCUCAUUGGCCACGUGAGGUGCAGACAUAUGCAAGCCGAUAAUAUUUUGCUUGAAGGUCAUUUAAGUAGUUUCAAUCUUUGUUCUUUGUGACGUAGCAGCACAGCUUACCUGGACUGGAAAAAGCUUAAUUCACUAGGAUACACAAAAUAAACGGCAAGAAAGCAUUAAGGUAGUCGUGAAGGUGGAAUUACACAAAGAUUACGAGUCUUAAUGUUUUUUUGUGAUGACAAAGAUGAUGUCAACUGAAUACAGUAUAGUAAAGGAAUCAUAUUUUAAAUGUCAAAUGUGGAAGCAAAAUAAGUGUCAAAGUGGAUAUUUGUGAAAAGAAACUAAACUACGUAGCAGCAAAACUCAGAUUGCUUAUACCGUUAAAGUUAAAUAUUCACAGCAAAACUUAAAUUUGUAUGUAGGUUUGGAUGGUUUAAAUCAGAUGUGUCCUAAAUAAAAAAAAUAAAAAAAUAAAGAUACAACAUUUAUGGAUAUUACACAAAUGGGGCUAGAUGCUUUCCCCCAAAUAUUAGUGAUAGGGGAUUGAAAAGUGUUUCUUUUGAUAAGGAAUAUAUUUAAUCUAACAUCUAUAGAUGCAUUGGUUUGUAGCUACAUUUAUUCUACAUUGAUGCCCCUUAAGCAACUAUUUUAUUACGUAAUAUUAACGCUGAUCAUUAAUAAUUAUCAGUACAGUAUUUUAUAUAUAAGUACCACAGUAGAAAAGUUUAAGUUUGAUUUAUCCAGGUGAAAUUAUGACAUCACCAUCAAAACCAUGAUUUAAUUCUAAAAUAUUUUUACAAGUGGAUCUUGCCAAAAAAAACCUAAUGGUAUUAUAAAUAGUGGGCAGUUAUAGACCGCCCUCCUUGUACCUAUUGGAACAAAUUAAUCAGUAUUAUGUUAGAAGGAAAUGGAAGUUUAUGUGUUUCAACAUAAAGGUUAGGGGCUGUGAAGGAUACACUCCAGAGAAAAGAUUUUUAACAGAAUAUUUCCUAACUGAUUGCUUUUACAGUCCAAUUCUUUUUUAAUAAAACAUAUGAGAACCAUGCAGAAUGAUUGAAAUGUGCUGUGCUAAAGGUGUACCGUAUAUAACCUACCUGAAUAAUAGUGCCAAAUUAUCAUCUAGAUUUCUUUCUCCCCCACUUCUCACCUGUAAAUCCAUUGCCACUUGAAAUGUAUAAACAAUUCACUAUCUCAGCUGUUCCUAAUUGUGUGAUGUGUUUCUUGUUGGUAGUUAGCAGAGACUGGAGUAUUUUCGGUGUAAUUCUUGCACUUUUCUGACAGGACAAAAAUAAAGUUGGAUGUGUCUGAA